GAGUUCCGGUCACGCUGAUUUCCGAACGCAACAAUUUAUGAAUUUGUUUACCAGCCGACCGGUGCGGCAAUAAUUCUAAAACGCGUGCUCAUUUCUGCGUUUCACUACCUGCAAUAAAACAAUUCUUCGAAUUCGCGACAAUAACACAAAAGAAGACAGAGCCAAACGAGAGGCGGCGCAGGCAUAAACGGACAUAUAUUUGUAAUGCUUGACGAUAUCGCGGCAUUGAAUCUGAGACCUGCAAACCUGAAGGACAACAAUAUGGAGAGAGCAGCAACAGUAACAACUGCGGACUUGGAUGCGUGCUCGUUGUCAUCGCUCGAGAGCGAAAGUGAUUUAUCCUUGGCCUUUGAACGUGAUCACGACGAACCUACGGACUGUGAUGAGUUGCCAGCCUUUGAGAUUAGAGCCUUCUCCCCACAUGGACGCACACCGUCGCCCAUCGACGACCUCAACAUGUCGGACAUUGAAGCAACUCCCAAGGCUGAGAAUGGACAGCAAGAACGGAGUAGCCCUGGCCGUCAAAACAAUCCAGACUUUGUUGCCUUGCAUGAAAUUAAUGCACAAAUCAGUGCACCCAACGAAAAUCCGGCCGGCAAUGAGUCCAUAGCUAGCAUUACCCGUGCCAACAGUUUGGAGACCAUCUUCGAGGGCGUUUUUCUACAGACGCCACCACGUGAGACACUCAACAAAAGUGGCAAUUCCGGUUCGGCAAAUCGUAGUACACCGAAAAGAAGUCGCGUAAAUCUGAUGGAAUUGGUGGCCAUGAAUCGUCUGGCCAAUGGCGGCAAGGAGAAUAAGUCACCCAGCAAGGAAAAACCCAAUGAACUUACCUAGUUACCAUUUUCCUUAAUAAUAAGUAGAACCAAAGCCAUAUAAGACAUUUCCGUUUAGACUGCCCCCUUGAUUAAAGAAUUUUGUAGCAUUAAAUCUUAGAUAUAAAUGAGAAGCAUGCACUUCUGUACACAUUGUGUAUUUGAAGGUAUGUAGGAUAUAAUUUUUAUGUUUCGGAUGCUGAAUUUAUAUAUGUAUGUAUAUGUAGAUUGGUAAAAACAUAUGUCUUUCCAUGUUUCAAACAUUUCAAACUGUGUUUUCAAUUUUAUGACGGGCCUGUUUUUGCAUUUGUACCUAGCUUCAGUUUCAGCGGAAAGACGCGGCUACCUGAAUCGAGUUCUGGAAGUUCCAACAGAAGAUUAUACCAUAUAGAUAUAAGCACCUGCUUUGGAUUAGCGAGGCAGCCAAACACCAUUUAUCCGUUCUACUUUUACUUUCUAGGCUCUCAAAAUGAUUGCAAUGAAAACAUCAGUUAUUUUUGCUUACGAAACUAUAUUUCUUUAUAUUAAUAUUUGGCUUAUUCAUCUAAUUACAAACUUACAGCUAGUAGUAGAAAUAUUACUUAAAAAUCUUACAUAUGAUACACAUAUUCGUAAAGCUUGUAUAUUAUACAAAGUCGAUAUGCAUAAAGUUUUAUAAAAAAUAAAAAUAUUGGAAGUACUUGACAUUAUUCAAAAGAGCACCCAAUAAAUAUUAAGAUUAUUCAAUGUCGACACAAAAGAAAUUAUAGAUAAUAAUUCUUUUUGAAAGAUACUUUUGCCUUACCAAAACAACUACAUUAUUUUAAGCUUAAUAUGUAAAACGUUCCGUGGAAACUAUUUGAACCUUUCAUUAACAAUAGUUAAUUAGGAUGGACUGCAAAAUUAACAAGUGAGGGGGGAAUGU